GGGGGGGUGAGCGGAGGGGAGAGACAAACAGCUGGGCAAACGUGGCGGUUUAAUUAAAGGCGUCGUGGCCGAGAAAAAAUAGGGAGACCAAGACACAAAGGCCUCCUGCUGCUGCUGCAGCGUGAUCGCAGACGCCGCGCGCCCGGGAUGUGCUGACUCAUCCCCGGAGGAGGGACUGUCGGUGGUGAGACGCUGGAUCACCCUGGCCGUGGUGAGCGACGUCGUCCCGCGGUGAGCUGAAUCACCUGCAGGGGACUCCUGUGGUUCCGAGUUAAUCUGCUGGGCCAUCUGCUGAGCUGCGCCUUUAUUGUCUGCUGAGCUGAAUCGUCAUCUGGUGAGCUGAAUCGUCAUCUGGUGAGCUGAAUCGUCAUCUGGUGAGCUGAGUCGUCAUCUGGUGAGCUGAAUCGUCAUCUGGUGAGCUGAAUCGUCAUCUGGUGAGCCGAAUUCAGCAUCUGGUGAGCGAGGCUGCCUACGAGGUAUCCUCAGGGCCAUCUGCUGGAGCUGCAAUCGCCUGGUGGAGCUGCUGAUCACCACCACCGCUGCUACCCAGCCACCGCUACAACUCGGCCACCAAAGCUACCCAGCCACCGCUACAACUCAACCACCAGGAACCCCCCCCCCGCCCCUACCCAGGGGGGUGCCAUGUCGCGCGAGACCUGCUGCGAGGAGAUGGAGUGCGGCAUCUGCUACGGGGAGUACUCGCGGCGCGGGCGCUCGGUGCCCAAGCGUCUGCCCGCGUGUGGCCACUCGUUCUGCGGAGCCUGCGUCUUGCUGCUCGCGCGGCCCCAGCAGGGCAAGGGCAGCAGCAGCAGCAGCGCCCUGCCGUGUCCGCUCUGCAGGGCGCUCUCCCUCGUGCCAGCGCAGGGCCCGGAGUUGCUGUUGGCGCUGCAGGACGACAUUUCGCUCACAUCGCGAAUCGUCAGCCGGCCCGGCGGCGACGAGGAGGAGGAUGGGGGGGGUCACGUGACGGGCGAGAGGGACGACGACGGCGGCGACGAGGAGGAGGAGGAGGACGACGAGGAGGAUGAGGCUAACGAGGUGGUGGUGACGUCCCAACGCGUGGAGUUGGUGCUGCCGAAAAUCAAACUCCUCCCGCUGCGCAUGUUCAGGCGCGUGCCUUACAAGAAGCUCUUCUGAGUCGUCAUCAUCAUCAGCAGCAGCAGCUACUGCUGCUGCAUCAUCGUCAUCAUCGUCAUCAGCAGCAUCAUCAGCUGCAGUAGUAACCGCAUCAAAAGCAGCAUAAAAACAUUGUCAUGGAAUGCGCUUUUGUGUCAUCAUCAGCAUCAUCAUUAGCAUCAGCAGCAGUGUCAACAGCAGCAGCAGCAGUCUGAAGAACGACAUCAUUGUCGCAUCAUCUUCAUCAGCAGCAGCAGCACUGUAACCUCAGCAGCAGCAACAACACCAUAAUUGGCAUCAGCAUCAUCAUUAUCAGCAGUACACAUGGGGUGAUCAUCACACUCCUCUGAGUCAGUCGGCAGCAUCAUCACCAUCAUCAGCGGCGAUGCCACCUCACCGUGACCAUCUGCUACCGUGUGCUCUCUGCUCCUCCUGCCCCCUCGUGUCUCCCACCCCUGGGGGGAGGGGUGCGGGGGUGAGGGGGUGGUGGUGGGGGUAGCGAGAUAGUUGGGGGGUAAGGUCACAACGUAGGCUUGAUGCUGGACAUUAGAGCCACCACCAGCACUACCACCGGCUCCACCACAAUCACCACCACCAUCGCCAACACCACCACCCCUAGUGCCUCUACCACCUCCACCACCACAAAUGCCACAAUCACCAACGCCACCACUACCGCGUUCACCACAAUCACCGCCACCACUGCUAUCACCACCACCAUCAACAACAACAACACCCGCCAUUCGCCACUAAGCGGUGGUGAUGUCACCACAGCGCUUGUGCCACGUGAAGGCCACUACCACCAUCACAACCACUACCACCAGCAUCACCAUCCCCUCCACCACCAUAACUACCUCCACCACCAUCGUCAUUCAAUCACCGCCACGCUGUUACCACCACCACUGCCACCACCACCACGCCGUGCCUCCUGCAGCGGUACACCGACACCCCCACUCGGGUAUUGACAAAGAGUCAGCCUCCUCCUCCUCAACAAAAGCAGACAAAGGGGAACAAGCUUUCACUGCCCGCAGCGGUGAGUCCCGGAGGGAUUAGCCCACCAAUUAAUAGAGGGGUCAUCGAUUCACAGAUGACCGGUAAUCGAUAUCGAUGACCGCCUCAAGAAGGGGACCCACAGAGUCGGGUUCGUCACGAAACCCACGCUAACAUGGCGCCACGGUGGCGAGAUGUUAACUACCUCGCCUGGUACACAGGAGGUCGUCGGUUCCAUUCCGACCCUGACGCCUGCUGCUGUAUAUUUGGAGUUUGCGGUGUCUCUCUCUCUUUCUCCCCGUGGCCGCGUGGAUUUGUCUCCGGGUCCUCCGGCUUUUCCCUGCACAUUUAGAAUCAACAUCGCGCGUUUAGAGUAUUUGGCUGCAAUAACGUUUCCACUGUCAACGCUGUGGGCCUCCGUUGGCGAGAGCACGAACGGAGCGAGGAGGGGUUGGUGGGCACAGCACCCGUCGAGGGGAGGCCCAUGGGAGCUCGACACGCGCGUUCGCCAAGUGUUGGUGGGAAAAGCCGGAGGGCCCGGAGAAAAAUCCACGGGGAGAGAGAUAACAACAACAACAACGAUAACAACAACAAUGACGACGACGACGACGAGGAUGAUGAUGACGAUGUCCCCACUUCAGUUGAAACGCCCCCCCCCCCCUUACGCCUCUCCCCUGCGUCUCGUGCCCAAUGCGUGAGAGAACGAUCACGUGUCACGUUUAAAUUAUUAUUUGUAUAUUAUUCUAAGUUUACGUAGCGGGGGUGAGUGGUGGCACAGUGGUUGGCGUGCGCUGAAGCUAAAAUCUGAAGCGGACUGCCCCCUCCCCUCACCCCCUCCCCAUCUUCUUGUGCUUCACCAACCCACACUGACAGAGCGUGGUGAAGUAUGGUCAAACAACCCCCCCCCCCACCAAAAUGACUGACGUGGUGUGGGGAGGCCUUCAUUGAGCAGUGGCUUUAACAAAGGGCUGUACAUUCAAUUGUUGUUGUGAAGACUCGCAGUCUUGUUUUGCAGUAGUAUUAGAACGACAGUAUUAUUGUUACGAUUAUCGUUUGCCUUGUAAUGUUCAAUGCAAGUCGUGUGUUGUUAUUAUAAAUUGGGGGGGGGGGGGGGACAUUCUCCCCUCGUUUUGUGUCACGUCUCCGGGACUCUCCGCUCUUGCAAGCAAACCAACACCGACUCCGGCAAGACGCGGGGCGGUGAUCGGCACGAGUCCACCUCUCCCGCGCGUCUACAGGUUGCGAUGUCCAACGUUCCGCUCCGCACGCUCGUUAGCUUCUUCGGUAACUGAAGUCAGUUCACGCGCUCGCUCAAACUCCCCCCACCCACCCACCCAUCCCCCCGUCACUCACUGACUCACUCACCUGACCACUCACUCACCUAACCACUCACUCACCUAACCAUUCACCCGCUCAAUCACUCCUUCACUCAGUUAUCCCCCCUCACUCACUCACCCACUCACCUCACCACUGACUUAAUCACUCCCUCACUCAAUUACCCCCCUCACUCACUCACUCACCCACUCACCUCACCCACUCACCGAAUCACUCCCUCACUCACCCACUCACCUCACCCACUCACCGAAUCACUCCCUCACUCAGUCACCCACUCACCUCACCCACUCACCGAAUCACUCCCUCACUCAGUCACCCACUCACCUCACCCACUCACCGAAUCACUCCCUCACUCAGUCACCCACUCACCUCACCCACUCACCGAAUCACUCCCUCACUCAGUCACCCACUCACCUCACCCACUCACCGAAUCACUCCCUCACUCACUCACCCACUCAUCGAAUCACUCCCUCACUCAGUCACCCCCCUCGCCUCACCGAGGGCAAGCUCCACUCGACAAACGAAGCUGCCGUAGAAGCUCACGGCGCAUGCGCGCGAGACGUCGGCCACUUGUGACGAACAAGGCGCGUCACAAACCGAGAGCCCACGUGGGGAGCCCACGUGGGCAGCAGUGACGACGAUGACGACAACCGCCGCUAAUGCGCACGCGGGAAACGAAGUUGGUGCAGCAAUGAGGCCUUCCAGAGGCGACCGAAUUUCACAACUAAAGCAGCUUCAUGUUCUUGGGUAUUUCGGUAAAGCCACGUAGAUAGGUUCAAAGAAAAUAACAAAAAGUUACAAAAAACUAUGACGCAGUCACAAAAGCUUUAAGUCAAGAUUUAAAGCAGCUUUCUGGGCGACAAUCGAAAACGCGGGAAGAAGAAGCACCCAAAAAGUCUUGUUUACAUUUAUUCAUUCAUUGUCGCUCAGUUAUUUGGGGUUCUCGUAUAUAGUCUAAUAAUAAAUUAAAUACAAACGAACGCACCCUAUGUUUCGUUUGUAAAGUUUCGCUCCGUCUCUUAAACAACAACAACAAACUCCUUCCCAGCAGGGUCUUGCCGCAAUGCGAUGUUGUGGCGAGUUCCUUUCUGAUCGAGGGUGUGGGUAGGAACGGGUUCACCAUCCCGCCUCCUGUACUGCCACCUCACGGCCAACCGCUUCUCCCGAGAUUCCUGUUCACAACGAAUAUUUCGUGGAUGCGAACGGCCGUGCCCGAGAAUAUUGGGGGGCGGUGGUGCAGCGGUCAGCGCUGACGCUGCGCUACGAACCCGGCGGCCCGAGUUCAAAUCCCGCUCACGGCCAACACCGGUGACGAUAAUCUGAACUGGUCCUGGGCCUCCUCUGGAUCGACUCAGCCUCAAAUGAGUACCUUGUGCAGUGUUUAAACAUCGACACUGGGCAGACAAAGGCGGCCGGGCGUGGUGCUGGCCACCGACCCCUUCCAUGUGCCGUGCCGGCCUUCAUAGGUGCUCGCUAACAGCACUUGCCCCAAUACUCUGUUAAGGCUAUUGGGGGGAUCUUUGUCUUUGCCCUAGAAUGAAUGAGCCAGCCGUGUGAGUUCGGGCUUGUGGCGCACACAUCCACGUGUGAAUCCAGCGCUGUUGUGGCAGCGAUUAUUAUUAUAUACCGCAAUAUUUCAUUGCAAAUUAGAACAACAGUUUUCGCUCACUCGGGAAGAGAGAGACUCAAGCGUGAAGAACGAGGAAGGCAACGAUUGCCCUUAGAGGAACUUGGCUCAUUGGCUGAGCACAUUUUCAUGUUUACUGGGUAGCCUGAGCUGUUAGCGAGCACCUGUUAAGGCUUGUGUAACGAUGGCGUUGAUGAUGCUUGGUUAGUAGUCGUGGUGGUGGCAUCAUCUCAACGGCACGCCGCUCCACUUGUCCCUAACCACAAAUACUCAUUUGAGGCCGAGUCGACAUAGGGGAAUCCCAGACCCGGUUCGGUAACGAAGAAUGUGCCGCUGCUGUUGCCUGCGUCUCUGCCGUGCUUGAAAACACACGAACCUUCAUAACCACAGACAUCUCUUAGCUCGGUGGUUUAGCCUUACACGGACCAUAAAUAAAUGGGCAAGUGCUGUUAGCGAGCGCCUAUUAUUAAUGCUCGCGCGCGCGCACACACACACAGGGUAUAUUAUAAACGGUGCAAUAUUGCAAUACCUGUCAGAUGUGAAUAUAAACCGCGCCUGAUGAAUGUUAUGCCUUCUUAAUUUCCGGAGAAUGCGGUCAUUCAUGUUCUGCGCAUCGUCCAACUGUGAAAUGUCGUAAGCACGUGUCACCCGGCUCGCUGCGUGGAGAGAAGUCCGUUUAGCUGCUGUUGUGGUGGUUGUAGUUGUAGUUGUUGCUGUGCUUUGUUGGUUGUUGACG